CUGCGGGCACGUGUGCGCACCCGGAAGCGGCGGCGGGACCGGCCCGGCCCGGGCGCAGGCCAGCAUGAUCCCGGGGCUGGGCCCGGUGCUGCAGGCGCUGCUGGGGACUCUGCUCACCUGGGCGCUGACGGCGGCCGGAUCAGCGCUGGUGUUCGUGUUCUCCAGCGGGCAGAGGCGGAUCCUCGAUGGGAGCCUGGGCUUCGCUGCAGGGGUGAUGCUGGCAGCGUCCUACUGGUCCCUGCUGGCCCCAGCCAUCGAGCUGGCCCAGGAAUCUGGGACCUUUGGGGCCUUCUCCUUCUUCCCAGUGGCUGCUGGCUUUGCCCUGGGGGCAGCGUUCGUGUUCGGGGCCGACCUGCUGCUGCCAGAGCUGGGGUUCCCUGGCCCUUCCCACGCCGCCCUGGCCCUGGGCUGUGAGCAGCGAGCCCUGAAGGAGAAGCAGGAGCAGGAGCAGGCCCCAGGCUGGGAUUGCAGCAGCAGCGAGCUGGCCAUCAGGAUAGGUAGAGCUGGGCUGCAGCCAGACAAGGCUGAGAACGGGGAGCCCUACCAGAGGAGGAGAGGAGCAGGGCCCCCCGUGCCCGAGAGCCCCCCAGCAUUCCUGGCACCCCAGGACGGAGCCCCCCUGGCCAGGAGCAGCAGCUGGAGGAGGAUUUUGCUGAUGAUCCUGGCUAUCACCAUCCACAACAUCCCAGAGGGCCUGGCAGUGGGAGUUGGCUUCGGGGCAGUUGGGAAAUCCGACUCUGCCACAUUCCAAAGUGCCAGGAACUUAGCCAUUGGGAUUGGGAUCCAGAACUUCCCAGAGGGCCUGGCUGUCAGCCUGCCCCUGCGUGGCGCUGGAUUUUCCACGUGGAAAGCCUUCUGGUACGGGCAGCUGAGCGGGAUGGUGGAGCCCCUGGCCGGGGUUCUGGGCGCCUUUGCCGUGCUGCUGGCGGAGCCGCUCCUGCCCUACGCGCUGGGAUUCGCUGCUGGAGCCAUGGUCUACGUGGUGAUGGACGACAUCAUUCCCGAGGCACAGACCAGUGGCAACGGGAAGCUGGCAUCCUGGACCUCCAUCCUGGGAUUUGUGGUGAUGAUGUCCCUGGAUGUGGGGCUGGGGUAGGGCAGAGCUGCGUGCCCAGGAGGAGACAGCAGAGCCCCGCGCCGCGGGAUCGGGAGCCGGCCGUGCCGCGGCCCCGGACUGGAUCUGUACAUAGAUUUUUGGGAUCUGGUUUGGUGUUGAUUUCCUCUGAUUUUGUAUCUCCCUCUCCCCUCCCAGUUCCUGGCGAUGGUUUCCAAGCACAAAUAUGGGUGGGUCCUCCCAGAUCCUGGUUUGGUUUUCCUCUUGGAAGGGGCCUUGGAUGACGCUGGGCUGGUUUCUCCAAGGAAAAACAUUUGGGAUUUUGAUCCUCUCUGCUCUGUCAGAGGUUGGGAAUUCCCUGUCCCGUGUGGAGGCUAGAAAUGGAAUAAGCUCCUUAUGGAGUGUGGAAUUGCACCCUUUUUUGGGAGGUUGAAGGUAUGAGGACUGUGAUAAGCCAUGGGAUCACAGGUCUUCCACAUCCUGCUGCUCCUUGGGAAUGCUGCAGGAAUUGCUUUGGAUGCAUGGGAUAGUCCAGGCAAAUAAAGAUGAAUUUUCUUGGGAUCUCUGCAAGAGGGAAAUGUCAUUUUUUUCCUAAAUGUAUCUCCGAGGGGCACUGCUCCAGUGUGCUGUGUCCAAUGCUCCGGGGUUUUCUGUGGGAAAAACACCAGGAAAGGAGGUUUGAGUGUUUUCCAUGCAAUUCCAUGUGGAGCUGCCGGGCCUUCCCAAGGGAUUCUGGAUUUCAGCUGCUGCUGGCAGUGAUCAGAACUCCCUGAAGGGCCAAGCCAGGGUUCUCCUGCUCACCCUUCACCUGCAGGAAGGGCAGGAGCUGAGCCACCACCGGAGCAUUCCGGGAUGAAUGAACGAGUUAAUUAAUCCCUCAGGAUGAAUCAAUUAUCCCACCUGGAGAGCCACGACCACGCAUGGACAUUCCUGCCUCUUCUCCUGAUGCUUCCCAAGCAUUUCUUGUGGAAUGGCUCUUCCUGAGCCCUGAGGGUCGAUGCAGGCUGAGGAGUGAAUCCAUCCCUGUGCCCAGGGAGGAGGGAAUUGCCAGGCUUGGGAGGAUGCUGCAAAUCCCAGCUCGCCCUCGCUCUGAUCUCCAGCACAAAGGGCUUCCCCAAACCCUGCUGUGGGGUCACCUGGCUGCCUCCUGCUCUGUCCCUCUGGAAGUGGGGCCGGGAUGUCCCAGACCUGCCUUCGGUCCCACCGGAGCCAAAGGGAACAGGUUGGAAUAAACUGAGCUCUCCAUUUUGUUUUGUCCUUGUUUUUUUGGAUGGAUUUCCUUUGAGUGUCCCUCUGGAUGAUCCCAAGCUCCUGUUUGCCGAUGGGUUUGACCUUUUAACUGUGAUUGCUUUCAAUAAAUGGGAAUUGGAGUUUGCACGGAGUUGUUUUGGUGCCAUAAAUCUGGAUUUGCUCCUCCUCCCUCCACUCUGCUGGGUUUCCUUCC